GUAUCAGUGGUUUGGUGUGUAUGUUGCUGAGUGGGCGGACCCAGAACCUGCGCUUAUUGCGCUUAACCCUCUUCACGCUCGGUCCAGUGAACUGUCGCAUUUGUUCACGUUCAGGCGUUCGUCCUCAGUGCAGGUCAACAGCUGGUGAAGUCAUGUCUGCCUUUCUGCAUCGCUGUCCAUUCCUGAAGUCCUCUCAGGGUCCGGCGCUGAGACAUAUGGGGGGAUUUUUGGGUAUGGCUGACCGAUGCCCCAUCAUUGUACGCCGGAUCACCGCACAGUCCACUCAGGGUCAGGAGGAAAAAGGCUUGUUGCCGCAUAAGGAACCCAAACGCUCCUUGGCUACAACUGCCGCUCAGGUUGCUGUGUCCAUGAGUAAGGCCUGUCCCUUUGUCUCCUCUAAGAUUGGACUAGUUAAAGCCAGCCCUCAAAUUCAGGAGGAUAUCCAAUCAGCACUGCCUCCUAUUUCAAAGGAGGAAGUAACUUCAGGAACGAUCAGCUCAGUGUUUAGUGGCUUACAGGGCCUUCAGUCAUCUUUCCCAACCCACCUUCUCAAGGACAACAUUGAUGGACCCAGUUUUGACUAUGACGACUUCUUCACCAAGAAGAUCAUUGAGAAGCGGAAUGACCACACCUACCGUGUCUUUAAGACGGUGAAUCGGUUUGCAGAUGUUUUCCCGUUUGCUGAGGAUUAUUCUGUUCCAGGACGUGUUGGCUCACAGGUGUCUGUUUGGUGCAGCAAUGAUUACUUGGGCAUGAGUCGUCACCCACGUGUCAUCAAAGCAAUAUGGGACGUUUUGGAAAAACAUGGUGCAGGAGCAGGUGGCACCAGGAAUAUCUCUGGGACAAGUUACUACCAUGUGGCUCUUGAGAAAGAACUGGCCCUUCUUCACAGAAAAGAUGCAGCACUUGUCUUCUCCUCAUGCUUUGUGGCCAAUGAUUCCACACUUUUCACUUUGGCAAAAAUGCUUCCAGGUUGUGAGAUCUAUUCAGACAUGGGAAACCAUGCCUCCAUGAUUCAGGGCAUCAGGAACAGUGGAGCCAAGCGUUUCAUUUUCCGUCACAAUGAUGCAAAACAUCUAGAAGAGCUCCUCAGUCGAGCUGAUCCAAAUACACCUAAGAUUGUGGCAUUUGAGACAGUGCACUCCAUGGAUGGAGCUAUCUGUCCUCUGGAGGAGCUGUGUGACGUUGCACACAAAUAUGGUGCUCUCACUUUUGUGGAUGAGGUUCAUGCAGUAGGCCUGUAUGGAACACAUGGAGCAGGGGUUGGUGAGAGAGAUGGCAUCAUGCACAAGAUUGAUAUUGUCUCUGGUACACUGGGUAAAGCAUUUGGCUGUGUGGGAGGCUACAUAGCCAGCACUGCUGCACUGGUGGACACAGUGCGAUCCUAUGCAGCAGGCUUCAUCUUUACCACUUCACUGCCUCCAAUGGUGCUGGCUGGAGCUCUGGAGUCUGUAAGGGUUCUGAUGAGCUCAGAGGGUCAGGCUCUGCGCCGAGCUCACCAGAGGAACGUUAAACACAUGAGGCAGCUUUUGUUGGAUGCAGGUCUGCCUGUCAUCAAUUGCCCAAGUCAUAUUAUCCCAAUACGGGUUGGAAAUGCAGAGAAAAACUCCAAGGUGUGUGAUAUUCUGCUGGAAAGACACAACAUCUAUGUACAGGCUAUAAACUACCCGACUGUGCCACGUGGAGAAGAGCUGCUGCGUUUGGCACCAUCCCCUUUCCACAACCCCAUCAUGAUGGACUACUUUGUGGAAAAAUUGGUGGACGUAUGGCAAGAAGUUGGCCUGCCAGUCAAUACCUCGGCAACAGCCUCCUGCACUUUCUGUGACCGUCCCCUCAACUUUGACCUCAUGAGCGAGUGGGAGAAAAGUUACUUUGGCAACAUGGAACCAAGAUAUAUUACAGUUGCAGCGCAGUAAGAUGAUGAUGAAAAGGGAGAAUAAUGGAAAGCAACAUUAUAUUAGUAUAACCAGCAGGCAUCAUUAUUAAAGAAAAAAAAAAAUCAUAAAAUGCUGACACAUCUCCUUUUACACUGUCAUACAUUAUUGUUGCAUGCUGCAGUUACAUCAUUAGUACUGGCUUUGGUGCUUUCGGAUUAUAUGUUGUAUUAUGGAAUAUUAAUUUUGUGUCCCCUCUGCAUAUUAAAAACCUGCACAUGGGCACUUUUAAUGGAAACUAUUCUAAAUACCAAAUAUUUUAUUAAAUAUUGUUAUUCACAUUUCCUUUAUCAGAUACAGGUUCUGUACCUUAUCUCUCUGUAUAAAGCCACAUCUACAGUAUGUCCAUUAUGCAUUACACUUGCUACAAAAUCAUAGACUUACUCUUGUUAAUUUCAUAAGAAUAUAUGUCUUUAAGAAAAUAUUUGGAUCCCUACCUUUUCUUACAACUCACAUGCAACUGUAUAAAAACACAUCAUUGCUCUUUCAAAAUUAUUUCUCACAAGUUAAGUGCUGUGAUGUCCUGUUAUCACAUUAACUUUGCUAUUUGGGUACUGUAUUGAGGCAGGAGUGUGCAUGAUGACCUCAGGAAAUACAGCAUCAGUCUGCUUUUCUUCUUCAGAUCAUUAUUUUUUCAUGAGGCCAUGGUUUUAUAAGACAUGAAAUAAAACAGUACUCUUGAAUUGUUUUCUUGUAAGCUAUUUUUUUUUUUUUACAAAACAUCAAGACUAUCAUGUUUGAUACGCUAGACUCUAGAGCUGCUUUGUUUAAGAGCAUGUUUUCAACUUUUUCUAAUUUAGUCAUCCACCCAUUAGUGCUCUCUUAUCACACAGAGCAGCUACUAAUCUUACCGUGAAGGCUGCCCCUCCAAAAAACACACUUUUUUUAAAAACAAAAAAAUGAAUGUAAUGUUUCCUAGCAGGUCUUUUUUUGACAUUACAUACAAUAUGAGAAAAUCCAACAUUUUUUAGCCUUUUAAUUUUAGGUUCAGGGUGAAUAGUUCAGUAAUUUGUACAGUACACUACGUACUGAUUUUGUUUAUUCGAAUCUUUUUCAUGCUGCAUAUACUGGUAAAAAUUAAAAUAAUAAAUAGAAAGCAAAAGUAAAAAUAAUGGCACCACAAAGCAUCCAAAAUCUUUUUCCCCCAGUAACAGAAUUUUCUUAACAGAGUUGUCUUUCUUUUUUAAGUUCAGUUGAUUUUAACUUGAUUACUGUAAUCCUUGUGUGUUAGCAUUUAGAUGAAAUACCAAACGCAAUUUUUUAACUGGUGAGACAUCAUUAAAAUAAUUUUGAUUUUA